GCACACACCCGCCGUGCGUUUGUUUCCUCUGUCAGCCACCAAGUGCCCAACGAAGCUCCGCUCCGCUCCGAGCCAAACCGCGCCGAGCCGAGCCACGGCUUGCGUCUGUGCGCCCCCGAAGGUCUCCCUCGCCUCCACCACCACCACCGCCACCCCACCCUCGCCUCGCCUCGCCGUCUGCGACCGCUGUUUAGUGGCAAUGGAGCCGUAGCCAUCCUCAUCAGUGCGCUGAACUGUACCGAGCGAGCGAACUAGCGGCGGAGACAGCUGAGACCGAGCGGGCAUGGAGGAGAAGCGCAGGGAGGCUGGAGUCUAGACUGCACGCAAAUCAAAACACCAACCGCUUGUCCGGAUUACUUUUUCUUGCAACGUUGACUCUGAACUCUCUUAUUAGAAUUUAAAGUCGAGGAUUUUCUUAUUUCUUGUCCGAUCAUCCGAGGCUUUCACUGCGCUGCGAGGAUGCAGGGGAAGGAGGCGAGCGUUUGCACGGGAUGCUGGAGACUAACGCUGCUGUCGUGCGUCCUGGCUCUGCACUUGAUCCCGCCGUCCGUGCACGGUAAUGUUGUUGGGACCAAUGCCACUGAGCCGGGCAACACGGCGAAUGUCACCUUCCUGCUUAACGAGGAGGAAGGGCCAGUCAAGGUGAACGAGGUCAUCGCCACAGUAACCGUGAUGAGCAGCUCGGCAGCUUCUGACUCAGUCAACACUGUGACUCCGAGGGCGGGACGAAUCCCCCGCGCUGGCGAGGAAGAGGAGCAGAGCAGCGGCAUGUUCGGUGAAACGGUGGUUCCUACGGUGGAGGAGGUAGGUGUGGCUGCUCCACCCCAGCUCAGCCCUGAUUCAGCUGAGACAGAGCACCUGUUGCCCAGCAACCCACGCCAACAGGAAGUUGGGGAAGGUGAGGAGGAAGAGGAGGAGGAGGAGCGUCUGCCGCACACUGACCCACCCUGGAUCCAUGCCAAGGACACUGCUGUGUUUGACCUGGACCGCCUUUUCACCACCACUGCCCCGCCCUCGCCUUCCACUAACCCCUCCAGUCCUGAUGUCCUCCAUGUGGACUUCUUCGACCCCUCUUCUCGUGGGCGUGGCCUAGACCUAGCUCCACCUUCUCCUUCAUCACUGGCUCAUGAGCUGCAGGGUGGCGACGCAACCUCCUGGGCGAUGCCAGAAAACUAUGACUACCUUACACCCUACGAGGACGGCGUGUCUCCCACUGCUGAAGAGUACACCUACAGCACCACGACUGAUGCUUACGAAACUGACGAAGACCUCCGACUGGCUGCUGGGCCCCCUGCUCGCUCCAGGCCCAGGAUCCCUGGGUCUGGCUCCUUCAACCCUGGGGCAGCACUUCCUGGUGUGGGGCCUCCAGUACCAAACGUCCCUGUGGCAGCACCUCCAGCGGACUCCCCUAACGGAUGUCGUGUGGGCUACCAACUGGUAAACGGAAGUUGCCGCUCUCCCUGCGACAUGCUGCCCAACUACUGCUUCAACGGAGGACAGUGCUACGUGAUGGACGGCACGGAGGUUUUCUGCAGAUGUAAUGUCCAGGAUUACAUCUGGCACAAGGGUGGCCGCUGCGAGUCGGUGGUGACUGAGUUCCAGGUGAUGUGUCUGGCCGUGGGCGCCUCAGCUCUGGUGGUCCUGCUGCUCUUCAUGAUCGUCGUCUGCUUCGCCAAGAAACUCCACGUGCUCAAGACGGAGAACAAGAAGUUGCGCAAGCGCAGCAGUAAGUACCGGCCUUCAUCGGAGCAGCACAAUGAUAAUUUCUCGCUGUCCACCAUCGCUGAGGGCUCCCACCCAAAUGUAAGGAAACUGUGCGACACCCCUCCUAACGUCCCUCAUGCCCGUGCAUUGGCUUACUAUGAUAACAUUAUCUGUCAGGAUGAUCCUAAUUCCCAGAACAAGCUGGAGGACCCGGUGAAGGCCCCGCCCAAGGAGGAUGACUCCCUCAACAUCCACAACUCUCUGACCCCCAAACACGAGAACCACAAGGUCCUGGGCGAGGAGAACUCCUCGGAGGUAAACUCACUGCAGAACAACAUGAUGUGAAACAAAACAAAAAGCAGAACAACCCCAGCAACCUGACAACACGACACCGAAAACGACAAGGUGCGCCGGCAGUGGGAGGCUGCAAAAACCCCUCCCUGCUGUCUGUCCAUCCGCUGCCAAGUGCGCCUAACCGGUCAACCAACCAACCAACCAACCAACCAACCAACCAACCAGCCUGCCAAUGUACCAGCCAACCAACACAGUCUGCAACCGACACGGCAACACUGCCACCGAGCGGCCUGAGUCGCUGCAAAAAAACGUACACCACAGCCACCGCCGCCGCCGUCACUGCCCCCAGCUGAAAGUAACCCCGCCCCCUCCCGCCUCACCCUGCCGCCGCCUUGCAACACCCCCUUACAUUCAGUCACGCCCCUGUUUCGCAGCCCCGCCCCCCUUGUUGCUGUCACUCUACUCUCCCUUAUCUUUCUUACCUGCACACACAUGCACACACACAGACAUAAGACGCAUACGCAUACUGUGAAAAAAUGAAGACAUAACCACGCUUAUAUGUAUACACACACACCUUCCCCUGCCUGCAUUGGUGUAUUUUGUAAAAAGAAAGAAAUCAUACAGAAGUUUAAAACGUACGUAAAACGUCAUUGUAAAAAAAAAAAAAAGUUAAGAUAAAAGCUACUGAGAGGUUUUUGAUGUUUGUCUGACUAAUCCAGUGAGUAUGUAUAAAUAUUGGGAAAAAAAAAUUGCUUGGAUUGAUUCUAAAGAAGCAACACAAUGUGUCUUGGUUUUCAUUGAUGUGAUUUCUAAUCCUUUGAUGUACUUGUUUUUUUUUUUGUACUUUUUUGGGACUUCGAACAGAGAAUAAACAAACAAGAUUCAGACAGUUGUUGAAAUAAACCUUUUUAACAUGA